AUGGCUACAAGGAUUUUAGAAACAACUCAAGACAACAAAGAUCAACAAGAAGAUUUGAAUAAAUUAAAAAACAUGUUAUUAAAAUCAAAUUACCCGUUAAAAGAAAUUGAAAAAUUAAUAAAACAAACAUGUCAAGAAUUUAAAUCAAAUAAAAAUAAAUCCAAUGAUAAAAACGAUGAUACAACCGGUCAGAUUAAAGAUAAAAAUAAUAAUGAAUUUAUUUGUAGUUUAACAUUACCAUAUGCUCCUGGUAUGGAAGUACUUAAAAGAAGACUUGAAAAGAAAUUAAAAAUCAAACUGUUCUUUUCCUAUCCAUACAAACUAGAAUCACAAUUUAAUCAAUCAUUAAAAGUUCCAUCAAAAUCUGUUAUAUAUCAAAUCCCGUGCUCAUGUAAACAAACCUAUGUUGGACAAACAAAAGUAGGUAUAGAUAAUCGUAUGAAACAACAUUCAUAA